AUGAUCAGUGAAGGUGGCUACAACUAUUACUGUUCUCUUCAUCACACCUGGCAGGUCACCCUGUACCACACCUGGCAAGUCACUCUGUCACCUCCCCUGUCAAGUCACCCUGUCACCUCCCUGUCAAGUCACCCUGUCACCACACCUGGCAAGUCACCCUGUCACCUCCCCCUGUCAAGUCACCCUGUCAACGGCCCUGUCAAAGCGCUUAUUCCAUCUUCCCUCACCCCUGUCAAGUCCAUUUUCCUCACCCCCUGUCCCAAGUCCAUCCCCCCUGUCAAGUCCAUUUUUCCUAACCCCUGUCAAGUCAUUUUCCUACCCCUAGUCAAGUCCAUUUUCCUAACCCCUGUCAAGUCAAUUUUCCUCAACCCUGUCAAGUCAAUUUUCCUCACCCCUGUCAAGUCAAUCCAUUUCCUAUCCCCUGUCAAGUCCCUCACCCCUGUCAAGUCCAUUUUCCUAACCCCUGUCAAGUCAAUUUUCCUCACCCCUUCGCAAUCUUCCUCAACCCCUGUCAAAGUCAAUUUUUCUCCACCCCUGUCCAGUCCAAUUUUUCCCGCUCACCCGCUGUCAAGUCAAAUUUUCAUCACCCUGUCAAGUCAUUUCACCACCCCUGUUCAAGUCACCAUACAAACCCAAGCUCUCAUGCUCAACCACCCUUGCCAAAGGACACCACCACAACCACUAACAACCACCGCAAGCAACACCAGAACACCACCAUCCAACCACUACAACCACCGCCAGCAACCACCAGGACACCACCACAACCACUACAGCCACCGCCGAGCAAAACACCUGACACCACACAAAGCACUACAAACCACCGCCAGCAACGCCAUGACACCACUACAACCACUUACACCACCUGCCAUAGCGAGCAAACACCGUGACACCACCACAACCACUACAACCACCGCCAACAACACCAGGACACCACCACACCACUACAACCACCGCCAGCAACACCAGAACACCACCACAGAUCCACUACAACCACCCCCCAUCAACACCAGAACACCACCCCACAACCACUAUAACCCCAGCCAACACACCACCACAACCACUACACCACCGACCAGCAACACCAGGACACCACCACAACCCACUACAGCCACUCCGCCAGCCACACGAAUGAAACCCACCAACAAACACUACGAACAACCCAGCAACACCUGGACACCACCACAACCACUACUUCACGCAGCAACACCAGACACCCCACCACAACCCACUACAAACCACCGCCCAGCAACACCAGGACACCACCAAACAACCACUAACAACCACCGCCAGCAACCCAGGAACACCACACAACCCCACUACAACCCCACCGCCACAACACCAACACCACCACAACCAUACAGCCACCGCACGCAGCACCAUUGA